AAUAUAUAAUCGCGUUGAGAGAAAUAAUUUUCCUGUGCAAAUAGGAGUGGAAAAUGGAUUUUCCAUAUUUUCAAACAAUGCAAGACCUUUAGGAGCUACAGAAUAUAAAACGUUAUCCCAUUCUGAUUUUGAAAAAUUGCAGUGGUAUGUGCUUAACAAUUGUGAGGAUGUUGAUGAAUAUCUUAAGAUUCACAUUGAAGAAUUACAAAAGGAAAGUGUUAUAGAUGUGCAAAAAAGACACCAGGCAGGAUUUGCCAGUUGGUUCAAGGAGUGUGUUGGACGCUUACGUGCUACUGGUUUGGUUGCAGCAACAGAUCAUAUAUAUGCGUUGGGAUUAGGUCCUGAUAUACGAAUUCUAGGUACAGUGGGAUAAUUGUCAAUGGAGUUAGGUUUCACACAAUUGAGCGUGAUAAUUUUCGUCGGACUCAAAAUAAUGGAGUUUCAGUAACGGGAGAGCAUAAGUCGAAAGAAAUCGAGUUUUAUGGUGUGCUAACAGAUAUCAUUGACCUCCAAUAUGUUAAUGGGAAUCAUGUUUUCUUGUUUAAAUGUGAUUGGUGGGAUGUUGGCGAUAAAAAUGGAAUUAAAACAGAUGGCAACUUAGUUUCUGUUAAUAUGAGCCGUAAAUGGUAUACAGGUGAUUCUUUCGUGUUGAGUUCUCAAGUACAGCAAGUUUUUUAUGUCAGCGAUAUGAAAAAUGGAGGUCAUUGGAAAAUUGUGCAAAAAUCAUUUCACAGGAAUAUAUUUGAUGUGCCAGAAAAGGAAAAAGUGUGCAAUGAAGAUUCAAUAUUGAAUGAUGAGCCCUAUCAGCAAUACGAGGCAGAUAAUAGUCAUGAAGUCGAUCAAAAUGGUGGUGAAAAUUUGGAACUCUUGCAUCCUAUAGAUGUAUUACCGGAUGAAGUUGAUGUUGGUCAAAUGUUUCAAGGUCAAAACUCAAACCCGAUUUAUUCUAGCGAUGAGGAGGAUGAUACUACGAUCAAUUAUGAUGAUGCCGACACUGAUGUACUAGAAGACUCAAAUGACAGUGACAAUGAAGACGAAGACGAUGAUUAGUGACUGAAAUUUACCGCUUAUUGAACUCUUUUUGGAUUCUUGUAGCUUGUUUGAAAGUAUGAAUUUUAC